AUGGCGGAUACGCUGGAGUCCUCGCCGGAGGACCCACUGCGGAGCUUUGUGCGAGUUUUGGAGAAGCGGGAUGGUACAGUGCUACGACUACAGCAGUAUAGCUCCGGUGGCGUGGGUUGCGUUGUGUGGGACGCUGCCAUUGUCCUUUCUAAAUACCUGGAAACGCCCGAGUUUUCCGGCGACGGGGCCCACGCGCUGAGCCGGCGGUCGGUGCUGGAGCUGGGUUCGGGCACCGGGGCCGUGGGACUCAUGGCUGCUACCCUCGGGGCUGAUGUUGUAGUCACCGAUCUUGAGGAAUUGCAAGACUUGCUGAAGAUGAAUAUUAAUAUGAAUAAGCAUCUUGUCACUGGUUCUGUUCAAGCCAAGGUACUGAAAUGGGGGGAAGCAACAGAAGGCUUUCCUUCUCCACCCGACUACAUACUGAUGGCCGACUGCAUAUACUAUGAAGAGUCUUUGGAGCCAUUGCUGAAAACUCUAAAAGAUAUCAGUGGAUUUGAAACUUGUAUUAUAUGUUGUUAUGAACAGCGAACAAUGGGGAAAAAUCCAGAAAUUGAGAAAAAAUAUUUUGAGCUCCUUCAGCUACAUUUUGACUUUGAAAAAAUUCCUUUGGAAAAACAUGAUGAAGAGUAUCGAAGUGAAGAUAUUCACAUUAUAUACAUCAGAAAGAAAAAAUCGACACAGGGUUUUGCCAUGUUGUCCAGGCUGAUUUUGCACUCCUGGACUCCAGUGACCUGCCCGCCUCGGCCUCCCAAAUUGUUGGGAUUACAGAAAUUUCCAUCGUGAAGCCUUUAAUCAUCUUACCCAAGGCUCUAACAACCUGGGUAAACUAAAGAUGUGAAUAGAGCAUGUGAAUACAGCAUGGGAAGAUUGUGUUCACAGAUUUUUUUUCCGGCACGUCCUUAGAGAUCCGAUGUAUAGAUGAUGACCACCAGGGGCUGUCUGCAAUACGAAAAAUUCCUGCUUGCCUGCCUGCCUGCCAAUGGCCCUGAAUUCAGCUUAGGUUACUUAGUUCAGCAUCAAGUUCUUCUUAAAUGUUGGGAAUCAGUUAUUCAAAUAAAAAUUGGUAUUGAGGCGAGGCUAAAAUCUGCCAAAAACAGUGAGCCAACAUGAUUGACUGGACCUUUUACAGGAAACUAGAGAUAAAUUUCUGAAGAGAACUAUCUGCUAUUAUAUAAUAAUGUUUUAAAUUCAAACUAGUAAAUUUUAGUUUGUCUUCAAAGUUUAAAAGGUUUUCGUUUUGUACAUAAUUAUACAAUAUUUAUCAUUUGUAUUUUCCACUUCAUUUCUUUUAAAAUGUCUUUAAUACUUAAAUGUUCUUUUAAUUUUAAAAAGAACUGAGAUAUUGUCUUGUAUACUUACAUUGGCCAAAGUUUUCUUUUCCUCCACCAUACAUAUCUAUGUGAUUUAAUCAGUAAAUUGUACUGUAAUGAGUUGCUAAGAAGACAAAUCAGAAGAUUGGAGGAACAAAAGGUAUCUUUACAGAUUUUUCAUUUGAGCAUGGAGUGAGAAUAGAAAGACCAGUUUCAGGCUUAUGCGCUUACGUGGCUCAUGCACUUUAUGUAUGUGUUCCAGGAAAAUCUGGCUUAAAAAUACUGGUAUUAACUUGUUUACAUGAAGCAAUGAAAGGUUUUUGAAUAACUACAAAUGUAGUUCUAUAUGUAUAUACCAAAUGAAUUUUUGUUCUGUGUGUCUCUGUUUUAUGUUAUGAAGCCAUUCGCUCAUAUACAAUAAUCUGUCAAGGACUUUAAUCAUACUUGUUCCAAAGAGUAGUAACCGGAUGGAAUUCUGGUAUUUACAGGCAUUGGUGCUAGAUGGUACAUUUUAUGUGUUAAAAUAAACAUUGUUUUUGAGA